UCUGAGGUUCUAUGCAGGGCAAUGGCUAGUGUGUCUAUCUGAUAAGGUGAUAGGUCAGACCACCGAGGCUUCAGCUCCGUUCCUGAGUGGCGAGUCAAAGCGGUCAUACAUUGACCGAGUUUUCGAAGUACCUUUGUAUAUACCGAUCGUGCGCCCAUCAUUGUGUGCGCAACAGUGGUGAUGACAGUCAGCUCGGAUAAACGAUCCGCCUCGUCACAGCACUGCGAUUGAGGAUUUCGAAUUCAUGCCUGUUGACAUUGAUCUGCAAGAAUCACGUCAAUCGCUAUCAGAUGCUGUUGGAUGCAAGCUGUAAGCACCCUCAUACUCCGAUAACUCAUGUGAAAGAGGGGCAUUCAUAUCGGUCAUGGUCGCAAAUGAGAGCCGCUGACGAAAAUGUUCAGCUGUUUGCAGGAAGUCGGUCGCAUAUGACGGCCAAUGAUAGCCAUUCAUCACCACACGUCUUGAUCGAGAGCACCGAUUGCACAGCAACCAUUAGUACCACGCUCCCAACAUCAGACCUCCCCUUGCGAUCACAAACUGAGAGCGUUGUUCGAGGCAUCGAGUAUCUAAUCAGGUCAACGAUCAACAAACAGCAUCAGUCGAGGCAUGAUUGCGGUCAAGAUGCGUCCUCUUUUGCACUACGACACCUUCAAUUUUCCAGGCACUCGAUUUCAAUCGCUCUGGUAGCCUCCAUGGGCAGUCAUCAAUCUACCUCUGCGCCACCACCGUCAGACGUCGUCUGAAAGUGGGUCUUCUCCAGACUUUCAUAUGCCAAAAUUCCCAGGUUUACGAGACUUCGAUCGCCCCUAAAGCACCGUUGAGCGGGCGUUCGACGGGUCCUUUCCAUGCCAGACUACACCUAGCGUCGGAGCACUCUUUCCAAACGCUGUCAGACGUGGAGA